ACCGGCGGCAAGGGGCGGGGCCGCGGCCCUCGGCUCCUCCCCCGUCUCCAUGGCGAUGGAGGUGGCGUGGCCCUGCCGGAAGUGGGGGUUUUGCCACAGAGCCGCCUCUGCCUCCCCUCCCCCCCUCCCCAUGGCCCUGAGGGGAGCUGGUGCCAGUGUAGGGCGCAGAGGGACACACCAGCCUUGGUCCUCGCUGCCCUUCGGGGCAGAUGGCCCUACCAAGGCUCCUAGAGAUUUGCAAAUGCCCAAGUCGUGAGUGUAGCAGCAGUGGGCCAGCCCCUCAGCUCCCAGAAGCUGUGUCCACUGGCUGCCUCACCGGAAGCCCCCAUAACCUCCCCUGCGCUUGAUGCCGCCUCAGAGAUCCUCCAGCGGAGGGCUGUGGGGGGAACAGGUUAUUCAUGCCUUGGGGUCGACUGCUGCCUUCCAGGUGCUUGUUUCCCCUCUUUGCCUUAACCUGUGUUCACAGGGAACAUGAUGGCUGCGCUGCAGGCUGCACUGAAAAACCCGCCCAUCAACACCAAGAGCCAGGCAGUGAAGGAUCGGGCAGAAAGCAUUGUCUUGAAAGUGCUCAUCUCUUUCAAAGCCAACGAUAUUGAGAAGGCAGUACAGUCUCUAGACAAGAAUGGAGUCGACCUGCUAAUGAAAUACAUCUACAAGGGCUUUGAAAGCCCCUCUGACAACAGCAGUGCAGUGUUGUUGCAGUGGCAUGAAAAGGCUCUUGCUGCUGGAGGUGUAGGGUCCAUUGUCCGUGUCUUGACUGCCAGAAAAACGGUUUAAGUCCAGCAACAAGUGGCUGUCUGCUAUUGGUGUGGGAAAUGCUGGUACAAAGACCAAAAGAACCAAAUGUCGUCGCUGCCCUGUGGGUAGCAUCUGUCUCUCUCAGCUUGCCUUCUUGCUGCUGCUUUCAUAUCUGACAAAAUACACAUAUCUCAUUUCCUUUUGUUAACCUUUGGAUAGUAUAGAGAUGCAAUUUAAUUUCUAAUGGGAAUAUUUGGUACUUGGAAGCAUUUCAGUGGCAUCACAUACAGUAUAUACACGUGGAUAAUUAUACACAAUUUUUGUGUAUGAUGGUUUGAAUUCACGUAAAUAAUGGUGGCAGUUUUUUGACCUGACUUUCCAUGCAGAGGGGGAGGGACUCAAGGCAGUGUAUUAAUUCUCUAGCUUGCCCCACAGUGUUUUGAUGUAAUAUAGAUAUAUAUUUGACAAGUUGACAGCUAUUAUUAAAGGUAACUGGAUCAUUCUCUUGGUCGACUUCUGAGCUCUACAGCGGUGAGUUGUGUAGAAGUAGGGAGGCUGUGUCUUCCCUCAGAACCUGAUUAUUCAUUCAGUAAGUUGAUUUUUUUUUCCUUUCUCGUAAGAAUUUCACAUCUAUGGGGUUUGUUUGGGUUUUUUGCUUUCUUUGUGAUCAGCCAGGUGCUGAUCAGAGAGAGCAAGUCAUAACAGUUAAAGAAUUGUCUAGAUCAUUGGAGAUAAAGGUUCAUUUUCACUGGGUCCUAAUUUAGUAAUCUUAUUUUGGGAGCAGAGCAGAUGUAGAUAAGGGCAAGUAGUAAAUGCCCUUGGCAACAAGCUGCAAGAGAAACAAUUAUGUAAAAUGCAGCACUGUUGCUGCCUUUGGACACCAAUGCACAUUUCUCAAGAUUGCCAGUGUGGCGCUUGUAAAAUGUCUUGAGCAGUAUUUUUCCCCAGGUACCUGGGACCUAGAAAAUACCAGUAGGUUCACAUUCCAUCAUAUAGCUUAGUACAUUGUGUUAACUAACAGGUAAACCAAGUGAAGUCCCAAGAGAGACGAGUUCUUUUUAAUUAAAAAUGUCCAUAAAGUCCAGUGUAUCCCAGACCGCAGAUCACCCUGAAUGUGUGUAACAAAAACUGAAAUGCACCAGUGUUCUACAUUCACAUUUUACACCUGUUCAGUUGUGUAAAAUUGUGAGGAACUUGUGAAGACCUUUGCUGUUUUUGAUACUUGCUUUUUUUUGUAAAAUGAUAAAAGAUCAGAAAAUAAAUUGUUGCUGUUGACAUCUGAA